ACUGAAUCACAAAAUCUUCAAAGAGCUUGUGCAGCAGCAAACAACCAUGGCGGAAUAUGGGGAGACGGCGAGACAUGUUGCGCCUGCCGAGCUGGUGGCCGCCCGGCAGUUCACCGUUCCUUACGCCAUCAAUUUAACGCUCACCAGCACUGGCGGUUUGUUCUCCCCGAACGACCAUUACAAGGUCAAGGACACCAACGGCGACGUGGUGUUCAUGGUGAAGGGCGUCUUCUUCAGCAACCGCCGCCUUCUCCUCGACACCGCCGGCAACCCUCUCCACACCAUGAAACCGAAGGCAUUUAGCUGGCACGGAACAUGGAGAGUAUUCAGAGGAGAGAGCACCAGCCCGAACGACUUGUUGUUCAGCGUGCGAAAACCCAAGGUAUUCCAGUGGAAGGACAACUUUGAUGUGGUCUUGGCCACCAACACGGACGAAGCUUCCCCCGGUGACUUUAAGAUAAUUUCACGAAGCAAGAAAUGCACCAUUUGUAUUGGCCAAACUGAUGAAAUCAUAGCCCAAAUGCAUCGGGAGACUGCAUUUUUUGCCAGGGACAAACUUGAAAUAACAGUGAAGCCGAACGAGGAUUUCGCCUUCAUUGUGUCGUUGAUAGUCAUUCUAGAAGAGAUCAAGGCAAGUCGUCGUCGACAGCAGCAGCAACAUCAUCAUCAUCAUGGUUAAUUAAAUACAGCGAUAACGGGUGGAGGAGGCGGUGCAGCUUUCUCAAUGCGUGCCGCAGCUAUGCGAGGCAUGAGGAUGUUAAGUUUAUACAUGAACGUUUAAUUAAUUCUUGUCUAGUAUUGCCC